UUAUGUCGGUGUGAGAACAAAGUCGCAUUACGAUGAUGAAAAUCACAUUAUUUGAUUAAAGAUCUGCACAAACAGGAAGAAUUAUAUCCUAAAGUUCCCCGACGAGAUGUUUUACUGCUGUUACGACAUUUGUUGAUAAAUAUUCCGACUUUUCCUCCACUUCGAUGCGAUCGGCCACAGAAGCCUUGUAUAAAAGGACCAUUGAAUCGCCUGUCUGCGUUACCACAGACGCCGCGUCACACUGGGAGAAAUAUAACAGAUCUCAAAGCUACUACGUUCUUUCAUUCCAUCACAAGACUUUACAGCAUGGUUGCUGAACAGCCUUGUGAAGUUCACAGUCAGUCUUCACAUCUUGGAAUCGGUCUCCUUGACAACGGCAAAUUACUCGGAGAUCCACCUCCUGAUGCGGGAAAUAUAAGUCAACCCGUGCUCGAAACUUGCAUGGACGUGAACAACUACCCCAUUACAGCUAUUCCCUUUGAUCAACUGGCCAUGUACUCUUCCCACCAAGAAGUUCCCAUCUCCACCACUGACAAUGACUAUCCAAUUGUGUCUAUAGCUUGCGUAACAGGACAGAACAACAUAAGCGAAGAAGGUGAUAAUUCUGUGUUCAGUGGAGACAUAAUUUGUGAAUAUAAUUCAGGGAACACUUUCUCAGCACCCACUAGUGAACUUCGGUCAGACUCUGUGUCGUCAUGCAGCGAUACCUACAGUAAUAGCGACUAUACGGACUCGUUGUGUAGCACGGACAGCACCAAAUUCCUGCUGCCACCAAAGUAUGAGGUGAACGAAACCAGUGAACACAUAUCCCCAAGCCAUGAGCAGUCGACGUCAGAUCAAACAAUGUCAUUGUUAGGCGUAACAGAGAUUUUGGAAAGCGAAGCUGUGAUAGAUAUGCCUGAAUGUUUCGAGAACAAAAAUUACACAAACACUGUAUCGUCUCAAACCUCCAGUAACCAGCCACUGCUAGACAGAACUGAGAGCAUGUGGAGCUUCGCAAAAGAAGUGGAUGCACCAAUCAUUGGACGUAUUGAACAUCCCGGUUACUUCUCCUCUCAGCGAGACCUUUCCAGUACCAGUAAUCUUAGCUUCGCGUGUCAAAAGGCUCUUCAGUACCUCCAGGACGAGCGAGUGGCGAGUUCCCUCCUUCUGCCAGGAAGUUACAAGGACGUGUCAAAGUUGCCUCCAAGUGGUAAGAAGGAUCUUGAUGACGUCGUCGACCACAACAUCGUACCCAGCGGUCGCCACACGCGCAAUCUCCUCGCUCUUAGUGUGUGCAACACUAUGGUGUUUAUUGCUUGCGGUUCCCUGAGGAACCUACAGAGCAGCAUCAACCAUGAAGGCGGCGUUGGAAUCACGUCUCUCGCUGUCAACUGCUUAGGAUUCAUGCUUGGAAGCAUUUUCAGCCCGUUCAUUGUGCAGAACUUUGAUCCGUACAAAUCCCUCCUGGCGUCUCUCUUCCCCCACGUCUUGUAUAUUGCUGCUAACUUCUACCCAGUCAUGUGGCUGAUGUGCCCUGUCUCAUUCUUGCAAGGAAUCAGCACCGCCAUCAUGUGGAACGCGAUGAGCACGUACGUUACAUUCCUGGCAAAGGGCUACUCGGAGAAAAGGAAAGAGGAUUAUGAGGGUGUUCUCAAUCGAUUCUUCGGCAUAUUUUGUUUGUUGUUCCAAGUAUACAUGGUCUUCGGCAACCUCAUCGCAUCUCUUGUCCUCACAUAUGCAAACCCAGCUGAUGUUUCCAAUGUGACAACAUCAAACGAAAGUGUUCUCACUCCUACACUGAACCUAUCAGAGUACAUGUACUCUAUAUCCAGUGACCCUUUGCUGAACUCCACAACACUCAGUGAUAUCAACACCCCCAACGUCUCAAUAUGCGGAGCCAACUACUGCCACCACUACACCAUCAGCAACUCCGGAACUACAGUCAGCGACUUCGCCAAAUACCUGCUUUUCGGUAUCUACCUGGGAUGCAUGGUUUUAGCCCUCCUCAUCGUGCUCUUCCUUCUGGAGCCCCUCAACAGUCGCCUCUUUUCCUCCGUCAUGACAUGCGGCAUGAUUAAAACACAGAUGGUCUCCCUUGGAAAGUUCAUCGUGAACCGGAAGUUUAUGCUCCUCUGUCCACUCCUGCUCUUCGGCGCCAUGGAACAAGGAUUCGCUACUGCUGAGAUUACAAAGGCCUUCGUGACGUGUCCCAUCGGCGUCCACAUGGUCGGCUACAUGAUGAUCUGCAUGGGCGUGUCGGCGAGUAUCAGCGCCUACCUCAGCGGAUGGUUGUGCAGAUACGUCGGAAGAAUUGUGCUGAUCGCAAUAGCCGUUGUGUGUAACCUUGGUCUUCUGACGUUCAUGUCACUAUGGUCGCCAACACCCGACUCUCUCAUCAUACUGUUUGUCCUGUUUGGCUUCUGGGGCUUCGCAGACGGCAUCUGGUUGGCUCAGAGCCAGAGUCUGAUGGGCGUGUUGUUUUCUGACGAAUUCGAGAACGCCUUCACCGGCCUAAGAAUCAUGCAGGGCAUGGGAUCCACCCUUGCCUUCGCCUACGCUCAAAGUUUCUGUAUGGCCAGCAAGAUUUACAUCAUGGGAAGCGUCUGCAUUGUCGGCAUGGCGUGCUACAUCCUGUCCGAGCACCUGCUCAAGAAAGAGCAGCGACAAGCAAAAGCUGUGAUCUUUGUCUCCGAGGUUGUGUAAUCGUUGUUAUUAUACCACCUGUGUAAACAGUCGUAACUACUCGUGUCAUUCCGAGUCAACCGAAUCGUUACGGAAAGGGGCGAAUGGUGACGAGUGGUGUGUAUAAAAAUGACGUUCCAAAACGAAUCAGAUAAUGGACGAAUUGUUACGGAAAUGGCAAGAUGUGACUUAUGAUGUGUAUAAACAUGAGGUUGACGUACGCGAAGGGAUCAAAUGUGCCAAAGUAGAGCGAAUAUAUGUUAAUGAAUGGUUCGUUAAAGGAAGGAUGACUGAUCGUUGAUACGGCUAUGUGUGUAAAUGAAUAUUAAUGUAAAUUGUUGCUGAAUUUCCAUGAGGUAGCAUACGUGACCGGUGUGUCCAACAGAUCUGUAUAUAUACAUUUACAGUAUAUGUGAAUCUCAGCGCAUCUUCGUCAUCAUAUAUUUUAUCGUGCUAUACCGCGGAAAUCGUAUUUACAGACAAACAUUGGCUAUCGGCCAAACAGGGUACAACUAUUAGUUGUUACUAAAUUUAUUCGUUGAUAUGUUACCAACGGAUAUGGGGAACAAUUGUUUUGUUUCUAUUAUUUGAUCAACUCAUGACGCUAACAUGACAGUUAGUGUAGUGCUACUUCUUGCUGACAAACCCACAAUAUUCAUUGUUAACAUUCUGUUCGUAUUUUCACUAUGAGCAAAAUCAUAUGCUAGCUGUUAAAGAAGAAUAUCAUUGGUUUAUUUGUUAUUAUAUUAUCCUAUGGUUGAAUAAAGAUAAUUCGUCAGUUACUGCUAAUGUUAAACAUUAAUCCUUGUAUCUUUUUAUGAUUUAUUCUGUCAAAAUAUAUUUCCUAGAAUAUUGGCCAAUGUGUUUCGGUCUGAAUUAUAAUUGGUAUGCUGCUAGUACAACCUUUUGGAAAACCUUUUAUGUUUUUGUCUAUAUAAUUUCUAUUUCUAUUUUCGAAAGUUUCUGCUGAAGUAAAUCGUGGGUAAUUUCUUAUUAAGUUUACAAAUAGAUAACUCCAUCUAGAGAAGUUAUCAUUUUGUGCUACCAUGUGCACAAGUUGUGUUGCUAAUAUUUAGCUUCUGUCCAUGUACAUAGAAUGUGGCUAUUCAUAUUAAGCUAAACAGUGCCAAAAUGUGGAUAUGUUUCACACCCCCUCAUUCAAAUACCUCAUAAUCAUCAUCAUCCCAACCCUCGGAAACGAGUCAUUGUUGCUUGUGUACAGCUGAACCCGUUCAUAAAUAAAUAUUUAUAUCUA